AACAUUCUCUCACAGUUUUCCCUUUUUCUUAACAACGAAGAAGUCGUAACUUCCGGUUUUGGAGUGUCUCUUCGCUGUAUUUUUGUUCAGAAACCGGACAGAGAAAAGAACAAAUAUCUGCCACCGUCGCACACGUCGAAGCCCCAUAGCCGAAAGGUGGAUUUGAUGUGAUGCUUUAAUGUUAAAAGAUCCAGCAAUGUCUGUGGCGUUUGACGGGAGUCCGCUGAAAGCGAUGCAGAGCUCACACACUCACACACCGCAGGCUGCCCUGAGUGCCCACGAUCUGUCACAGGAGAUCAAGUCCUUCAUCAGUGGCGUUGACACGGUUCAGGGUAGGAAGCUCAGCGUUCGGGAACACGCUCGCUGUGCUGUGCGCCUGCUGCGCUCGGUCCCGGCCUGUCGAGGGGCGGUGCUGGAGCAUCUGAGGAGCGUGUACGAUGAGCAUGUCUCUGCCUUCUUACACAACCUGGAAACAGAGGGUGAUGCCAGCUCUGGGGUCAGUUCCAACCUGGAGGACAUCAUACAGGAGGUUCAUGGUGUGCUGUCAGAGUUCAUCCGUCUCAACCCCCGGGCCUGGGCCCCUCUGGUAUCUUCCUGGGCUGUGGACUUGCUGGGCCAGCUGAGCAGUAAGCACGCUGGCCGCAGGGUGGCCCCUCACUCCUCCAGCCUCAAUGAGCUGCUCCAGCUUUGGAUGUCCUGUGCUGCAACCCGGUCCCUCAUGGAGACUUACUCCCAGUGUUUGGCUGCCAUGCUGGCCUGGUGCCCUGAUGCCUGUGUAGAUGCGUUGUUGGACACUUCAGUACAGCACUCCCCGCAUUUUGACUGGGUGGUGGCUCACAUUGGCUCUGCCUUUCCGGGUACGAUCAUCAGCCGAGUCUUGGCAUGCGGACUCAAGGACUUCUGCUCUCAUGGUGCCAAGGACCAAGGGCUAAUGGUGAUGGGAGUGGAUAAAGGCAGCAGGGUGCCUAAGAUUGGCUCGGUGGUGGGGAUCCUUGGACACCUUGCAGCUCACCACUCAGACAGCAUCAGGAAGGAGCUGCUCAGAAUGUUUCAGGAAAGCCUGGGUCCAUCAAGCCCUCUAUCACCCACUUCAUCCUCAACAUCUUGGGAGAGUUCCCCUCAACUUCGUCGUGCCGCAGUACCGUUUCUGCUGCAGUUAGCUGCAAUGUCCCCCUACCUCUUUGGUGCAGUGUCUGCAGAAUUGGUAGAGCUGCUACGGCCUCCUGUGCUUCUCCAGCUGCAGGCCUUGUUGCAGGGCCUCCCAAGAGAGGAACUGGAUAACAUGCUGGGACUAGCUGUCCACCUUAUCAGCCAGAGCCCAUCAGGAGGUGCCCGGGUCCUCCGUUUUCUGGCAGACACGGCAACCCCUGCAUCGGUCAUCAUCUCCGGCCCUACACCUGCCCCUCAUGAAGGAGUCAGAGAAGGUUGCGAUCGCCUCCUUCAGAUGCUGCUUCUGCAUCUCCACAAACUGGUCUUCAACCGCUCAGAUGGAGUUGAGGUCAACCCCCAUCACUCUGCUUCCUCUCAGCCCCAGAGAGUUAUCCCCUUCUUGGAGGAGCUGCAGUCUCACAUAGGUCAGCUAUGUGCCGAGACACUGCGACUGGAGAGGAAGCGUCACCUGUGGCUGCACCAGCUGCUCUGUCUGCUGUCUGUGUAUGGAGGUCCCAGCAUAGCCACUGAGGCCUUCUGCCAGCUGCUCACCCAGGCCCGUAACCCAGAGGAGUUGGCUCUGGCCUGGCAGCUCCAUACCAUGCUUUCCUCUUGCAUGGUGGGACUCAUUCCUGCCGCUGUAACUCGCUGUGUGGCUCAGAUACAUACACACACUCUGGGGCCCCGGCAGCUGAAGCAGCUGCUGCUUAACCUGGCCACAGCCAUCCAGAGUCAAGAUGAGGAGAAAAGAGGAACAGCAGGUGUUCAGUCCUCCAUGGCCAUUCAGGUGGGCUCAGCUGUGUCAGGACACCUUCAUGAUUUUGGCCCGCUCCUUCUCCACGGUGACCCGGCUGUAUCUCAUGCUGCAGUGCGUCUCCUGUCAUGCAGCCCGCUCCCUCGCACCUCCUCCCCAGCACACCUGCUCCUGCUCUCCCGUGCUGCAGUCACUCACUUCUUUCUUGCGUUGCGGAAAAGAGGUGAAGGAGGGAAGGUGGGGAGAGAUGGGGGACAGGCAGGCGAGGCGGUGAACUGUUCAGUCCUGCUCCUGUCCCGUUUUGCAGCGUAUUCUCCACUUACUCUCAAGGCAGUACUGCAGCAGCUGGUUGAGGGAGCGCUACAUAAAGGCAAUGCUGACUUGUUUGGAGGGCAGAUCGCUGACAUGUCUGGUGCCCCUGUGACUUCCCCAUCUGUGUCCCCUGACCUCGGAGCCUCUUUGCUGGACAUCAACUGUCAUUUUGGUACCACCGCCAACUUUUCUGGCAGCGUGUGGUCUGUGUUUCAUGCUGGGGUGAUUGGCAAGGGUUUGAAGGUCCGCACCGCAAGCAAGCUGACUGACCCUUCUGGGGUCAUCCAGAAUAUUCAGACUCUGCUAGCUGUCAUAGUCCAGUGUUGCAGCUCCUCUGGCCUCAACGGUUCUAUCAAUGGCUCGCGAUCACCGUCUGACCCUGACGAGCCCUCACCCAUCAACGCAGAGGCAGCCAAGGUAGUUGCAGUCACAUUGGUGGAAAACGUCUGUCCGGAUGUUGCCAAUGGCGAGCUGUCCUGGCCCCCAGAAGAGCACGCCCGCACCACAGUGGAGCGAGACAUUCACAUCCGACGUUGCUUUGAAGCCCACCCGGUGAUCUUCCCUCUGCUCCAUGUUGUGGCAGCUGGACGUCCAGCUCUCUGCUACUGCUCAGCUGUGCUCAGAGGCCUCCUGGCCACUCUGCUUGCCCACUGGGAGGCAUCACGCGGGAUGUUGUCCACAGAUUCCCCAUGGCACCUCCAGGCAUCCUGCCUCCUUGUGUCAUGCAUGGGAGAGGGCCAGCUGCUACCUCCUGUGCUGGCCAACGUCCACGAAACCUUCCCCCACCUCACUCCCUUUGAGGUUAGGCUGCUGCUCCUGGCUGUGUGGGAGUACAUGAGAGGCAAUGGGCCCAUGCCCCAGAAGUUUGUUUUCAACUCAGAGAAGGGCCUGUUCUGCAGGGAUUUCUCACGGGAUGGUGAUGUGGCAAGAUAUGUGGCACCGAUCCACAGUGUCCUGCAUAAAAACAUAGAUAGACUGGGACAUCUGUGCUGGCGAUUCCAGCUCUAAAGGGUAGUGGAAAGCAAACCGAAGAGCAGGUAACAGGGAAUGAGUAGAGACUAUAAAAUAGAUGGAGUUAAAUUGCUCCAAGAUUGGACUGCAAAGUUGCUUUCACUGUACUUCAGUUUCAUAUAAGUACAAGCUGUGUUCAUGUGUUUGUGUACGUUUUGUACUAUAUUUUUAGACUUGAUACAUUUCCAACUAGUUGUUUCUGUAGAAAAAUACAACUUAACUCUGCUAAAUCAUUUAUAGAUUAUUUUGUAUCAUUUUCAAAUUGUUCAUGUUCUAAAGUUGUGGCUACAAACAUGCCUUGCAUCUGUUGUUAUAUGUGCAAACUGUCGUUAAUACCACUUCACAAAAUAAAUUUGAAUUUGGUCCUAGA